ACUCCAUAUAUUUCAGUGUGUGUGUAUAUAUAUCCCUCUCCGGAGUGUCGAUUAUUUGACUACUGCACUCACACAUGGCUCUCCCUGGACUACUUCUCCCCACUUCAUCAAUCAUCAUCUUCAUCUUCCUUGCAUACAAGCUCUACCAACGGCUCAGAUUCAAGCUCCCACCCGGUCCACGUCCAUGGCCCGUCGUCGGAAACCUCUACCAGAUAAAGCCGGUGAGGUUCCGCUGCUACGCCGAGUGGGCAGAGAAAUACGGGUCCAUCUUCUCAGUGUGGAUUGGAUCCACACUGAACGUCGUAGUGAGCAACACAGAGCUUGCAAAGGAGGUGCUCAAGGAAAAUGACCAGAAACUGGCUGACAGGCACAGGAACAGAUCGACCGCAAGGUUUAGCAGGGACGGUCAGGAUCUUAUCUGGGCUGACUAUGGGCCGCACUACGUGAAGGUGAGGAAGGUGUGCACUCUUGAGCUUUUCUCUGCAAAGAGGCUUGAGGAUCUCCGACCCAUUAGAGAAGAUGAGGUCACUGCUAUGGUCGAGUCCAUCUUCAACCACUGCACCAAACCUGAAAACCAUGGGAAAAGUUUGGCAGUGAAGAAGUAUUUGGGAAACGUGGCUUUCAACAACAUAACAAGGCUAGCAUUUGGGAAACGUUUCAUCAGCUCCGAUGAAAUAACUGAUGAGCAAGGGAAACGAUUCAGAGCUCUUAUGGCCAACGGGGUGAAAAUAAGUGGAUCGCUCUCGGUGGCUGAGCACAUUUCAUGGUUGCGUUGGGCAUGCCCGUUUGACGAAGAGGCGUUUGCUCGACACGGAGCAAACAGAGACAGACUCACCAAGGAAAUCAUGGACGAACACGCUCAGGCACGCUCCAAGGGCGGCGUUGCCAAGAGCCACUUUGUGGAUGCAUUGUUUACCUUGAAGGAAAAGUAUGACCUUAGCAUGGACACUGUUAUUGGACUUCUUUGGGAUAUGAUGGCUGCCGGUACAGACACCACAGCAAUUUCAGUUGAAUGGGCCAUGGCUGAGCUGAUUAAGAACCCGAGGGUGCAACAAAAGGCUCAAGAGGAGCUAGAUCGGGUUAUUGGGCACGAACGAGUCAUGACCGAAAAUGAUUUCUCAAACCUCCCUUACCUACAAUGUGUAGCAAAGGAAGCACUGCGGUUGCACCCUCCAACACCACUAAUGCUCCCCCACCGAGCCAAUGCCGAUGUCAAGAUUGGUGGCUACGACAUCCCCAAGGGUUCGAUUGUUCAUGUUAAUGUUUGGGCUGUAGCACGUGAUCCCGCUGUCUGGAAAAACCCAAAUGAAUUUCGACCUGAAAGGUUCCUAGAGGAAGAUGUUGACAUGAAAGGCCAUGAUUUUAGACUACUUCCAUUUGGAGCAGGCAGGCGAGUAUGUCCCGGAGCUCAACUCGGUAUCAACUUGGUUGCCUCCAUGUUGGGUCAUCUGUUGCACCAUUUCAGUUGGGCUCCUCCUGAAGGGGUGAAACCAGAGGAGAUUGACUUGUCGGAAAAUCCAGGGAUAGUCACUUACAUGGCAACCCCAGUACAAGUAGUGCCUACUCCAAGGCUCCCUUCACACUUGUACAAGCGUGUGGCCGCGAAUAUGUAAUUUUUAUUGUCAUUCUAUUGUUAUUGUUCUAGCACUUGAUCCGAUAACGAAACAACUUCUUUUCGCUACCCUUCCCUAUUGGGACAAUAAAAAUCCCGUUUGUGUCA